AUGAGCAGCGAUGUGGAGGUAAAAUCAGAAGGCAUAAAGAGCAAUGAUGUGACAGAGGAAGAAAACACAACAUCGGCAAGCAAUGAAGAAUCUAAGCAAGCAAAAAUUGACAAAAUUCUUUCAUUGAAAGAGAAAUCAACUACGCUUUUGAUGAAUGUAAGAUAUACUAAAGCUUUAUGUGAUAAAUAUGAAAAUGAAAAUCAGUAUCUACAAGAUUAUAUCGGAAGCUUGAUGCAAAAUAACGAACUCAAUAAAUGA